AUGGAGAAAUUAAUUGUCGACGGUUCUCAUCAUAAUGAGUCGUUUGACGAGUCGAAAAAGAAUGUGCGGCAUAUUGACGCUCAAGCUGAACAAACAGCAGUGCUCUCUUAUGUAGCACGAUCAGAUCUUGUUUGCUUUUCUUUCAUUUCGUUUGUCAAGAUGAAGCGAGACAUGAUUCCAAUAAUGGAAGACACUUUUAAAACAAAUAAAAGACAAUUGCUUGUCUUCGAGAAGGGAAAGUUCAAUGAAAUGUAA